GCCCAAUCUCCGACGCCCCUGGAUCCAUAGUUGUUGGCUGCGCCUGCGCAGCUGCGCCUGCCGCAGGCUUUUGAAACAUGAAUCCUUCACUCAUCCUGACUGCCCUUUGCUUGGGAAUAGCCUCAGCGGCUUCAAAACUUGAUCUCAUUUUAAAUGCACAAUGGAAAUUGUGGAAGGCAACACACAGGAAACUAUAUGGCUUGAAUGAAGAAGGAUGGAGGAGAACAGUGUGGGAGAAGAAUAUGAAAAUGAUUGACCUGCACAAUCAGGAACACAGCCAAGGGAAACAUGGCUUCACCAUGGCAAUGAAUGCCUUUGGUGACAUGACCAGUGAAGAAUUCAGGCAGGUGAUGAAUGGUCUUCGAAACCAGAAGCGCAAGAAGGGGAAAGUGUUCCCAGUACCCGUCUUUGGUUUGAUUCCCUCAUCCAUGGACUGGAGAGAGAAAGGCUAUGUAACUCCUGUGAAGAAUCAGGGUAUGUGUGGUUCUUGUUGGGCUUUUAGUGCAACUGGUGCCCUUGAAGGACAGAUGUUCCGGAAAACUGGCAAACUUAUUUCACUGAGUGAGCAGAACCUGGUGGACUGCUCUCGGCCUCAAGGCAAUGAGGGUUGCAAUGGUGGCCUGAUGGAUAAUGCCUUCCAGUAUGUUAAGGACAACGGAGGCCUGGACUCAGAGGAAUCCUAUCCAUAUUUUGGAAAGGAUGAAUCCUGCCACUACAGACCCCAGAGUUCUGCUGCCAACGACACUGGUUUCGUGGACAUUCCUAAGCAAGAGAAGGCCCUUAUGAAGGCAGUGGCAACUGUGGGCCCCAUCUCUGUUGCUAUAGAUGCAAGCCAUCCAACCUUCCAGUUCUAUAAAGCAGGCAUUUAUUAUGACCCACACUGCAGCAGUGAAGACCUGGAUCAUGGUGUUCUGGCGGUUGGCUAUGGGUUUGAAGGAGCAGACUCAGAUAACAAUAAAUACUGGCUUGUCAAGAACAGUUCCGUGAGAGGUUUGGAGACUGAAGUUAUUUACACAUUUAGAACUCAACCAGGAACAAGAACAACUGCCUUUCUUGCUUCUUUCUGAGUCUGUCCUGACCUCUGGGGCACUGUUUAAGUGUUAAUAAAGAUAAGUGUGUUUGAUUCUUUGUAUAAAAUGGAAAACCCUCUCUUCUUUUAGCUGGGGUGAAGAUUGGGGCAUGGACGGCUACAUAAAGAUGGCCAAAGACCGGGACAACAACUGUGGAAUCGCCACCAUGGCCAGUUAUCCUACUGUCUAAACCUCAAAGGCAGGAUUGAGAACAGAACAUCCAGAGGAAGAAUUUUCUUUAAAACUAACCAGACCUUAUUGUGUGGGAUGAAACACUUGAAUCGUUGAAGAUCCAAGUUGUGAUUUGAAUUCUGUGACAUUUUAUGCUGGUGAAAUGUUACCACUCCUUUAAUACUAUUGUAAAUAGGUUUGUAUGAUCGACUUGCCUCAAGAAUUUUCAUGUUUUAAAAGGAUG